UUGGUUCAAUCAGCAAAGGUAACUGAGUUUCUCUAGAGUUUCUCCAAGUAAGCUAAAUGUUUUGCAGAUGUCCGAGGAUCCAAAGCAAAUCGCUGCCGAGACCGAGAGCUUGCGCAAAGUCGCAUUCUUCGGAAUCGCCGUCUCCACCAUCGCCACUUUGACAGCCAUCAUUGCUGUUCCAAUGUUGUACAACUAUAUGCAACACGUUCAAUCGUCACUUCAAUCUGAAGUCGAAUUCUGUCAACACAGAUCGAAUGGACUUUGGGAUGAAUACAAGAGAGUGAGUUUGGCAGCCUAGGGAUUUAGGUUAUGAUACAGUAUACCUUGGGCUUUUUACUCGAGCCUUAUCCAUAAUGAUUAAGGUUAGUUACCUUAAUCAACCCACCAUAAAUCUACCUUCUCUAGAUAUAUCUUACGACCUUAGUUAGCUACCUUAGCUACUCACCGACACCUACUUAGUUCCAGGUACCUAAGCUUUUACUCUGAUAGGCUUUAUCUAUCCUUAACUCUCUCAGCUACAUACCUUAGAUAUCUUAAGUUAAGGUAGCUCAGCCUACUUUCAGAUGCUUACCAUAGCCUUAAGAUCUACCCUACCUACCUUUGCUGUAGGUUUCUCUUAGCUGUACCUACGUUAAUCUUCCCUGCUGACCUUCUUUCUUACCUUACCCAUAGCCUUAAGUACCUUAGUCCUCCUUUAAAAAAGUAAGUACCUUAGCCCUCCUUAACUCUACCUUACCCACUUCCCGCUCUCCCCCCAACAAUCCCAAUUUUCUUGCAGUUCGAAGGAGUCAGCGGAGUCGAGGGCCGUAUCAAACGUGAAGCCUACCAACGCAGAUACUCCGGAGUCUCUGGACAACACCGUGUUCGCGCCAACGUCAAAAGACAAUCGUACGGAGGAGACGCCGCUGUCGGAGGAUUCGGAGGAUCAUCGGCCGGACAAUGCUGCUCGUGCGGAGUCGGACUCGCCGGACCAGCCGGUCAACCAGGACAAGACGGACAACCAGGAAAUGACGGACAACCAGGAGCCCCAGGAAACCCAGGACAAGAUGCUUCGGAAGACAGCGUUGCCACUCCAGACAACUUCUGCUUCGAUUGCCCACCAGGACCACCAGGACCACCAGGACAACCAGGACAAAAGGGACCAUCCGGACAACCAGGAGCACCAGGACAAUCAAGCGGAGCCGCUCUUCCAGGACCACCAGGACCACCAGGACCAUCAGGAGCCCCAGGAGGCCCAGGACAACCAGGAGCCCCAGGACAACCAGGACAAGCCGGACAAGUCGUCGACGUUCCCGGCACCCCAGGACCAGCCGGACCACCAGGACCACCAGGACCAUCCGGACAACCAGGACAACCAGGAGCGCCAGGCACCAACCAACCAGGACAACCAGGACCACAAGGAGACGCCGGAGCACCAGGAGCCCCAGGACAACCAGGAGCACCAGGACAACCAGGAAACGACGGACAACCAGGAAACGAGGGGGCUUGCGACCAUUGCCCACCACCACGUACCGCUCCAGGAUAUUAA